CAGCGCGGUGAGUGAGAAGGGGUAUACAGCAGGUAUUCAGGCGAGCGAGCAGGCAGCCUUAAGAAAGCAAGCAGUCGGUAAUAUGGCGGGGGGGGGCAAACGUAAGAGGCCGUGCGAGAGCGUAAAGUGGAGUUUUCGCUCGCGGCUGCUUUGCAAUGCCAGGCAGUCGAGGUGAGUCGAGUCGAGUCGAGUAGAGCCGAGUCUCUUAGAGUCAGUCUGGUACGUGGCCCCGUCGCAUCCUUCUCGUUUGCUGCCGUAUCCUUGUGCACAGCUAGCACCUGUCGAACUCGAAUGAUCUUAUCGUUUGCCGUCAUAGUUAAUCGUUUGAUACAUCGAAAUGGGUCGGUUUUAAAGUCGUAUCUUUCGAUCGCCCAGUGAAUCAUCGUGGUUUACUGAUCGGGUGAACACACGUCUCCUUUUCGUAUGUGUCACCACGCAAGACUGAAGUCAAUCGAACAGUCCUGUUGUUUCUUUAUUUGGCCGACAAAGACGAAGUCCUAGGUAUAUCAUCUGAGAUCUGCGGCCUUCUUGGUGCAGUGAUUUUGUGUGUGCGUGACUCAAGGAUCAGCUGGAAGCUUCGUCGACAAUAUUCAACAGAUUCUUGACCUCACCGAAGCGGAAGGAGUUAAUCAACGAGGGGUGCCCAUGCCGAGCAUCAGGAAAAAUCAGCUGGAGGGUCUUAGGAGAACGAGAGGAAAAUUCUCAAAGGGUUUAAUCGCGUGGAAUUCAACGAAAGCGUCAAGGUUGUGAACGUACUAGCACGUUCAAACUUGAAAAUGUCAUCGAAAACGUGUUCUGCGGUAAUGUCGGGACUGAUUCUACUGGUAUUAACAGUAGUAUCGUUCAGAGAAGUGCAAGGACAUGUAGCCUUGACUUUUCCUCGCGCGAGGAAGUAUGACUUGGAUUUUCUGGACAACGCCAGGACACCUGGACCUUGUGGAAUGCCUCGUGGCGAUAUUAAAACUACUUUAUUAUCUGGAAGUAACUUCAACGUCACCUGGCAUCUGGCUUAUCCCCAUCGAGGUGGAUUCCGACUACAAAUCUUGGAUGCUCUCGACAGACCACUAGUUGAUUUAACUCCGGUGACCAAAAACAGCGAAUUCGUAGAAGAUGACGCCACAGCACAAAGUUAUGCUGUGCAGUUACCUCAGAAUUUCACAUGUACAGACUGUACAAUUAGACUUCUUCGAGAAGCUGAAGAAUGGGGCAUGAGUUACAGAUUUUGGUCUUGCGCUGAUAUUGAUAUCAUUGAUAAGAAGAACUACAGAGAAGAUUGCAGUGGUCACGGCCGGUAUUUGCUAAGUCGAUGUAGAUGUGAUCGACUGUAUCAUGGUACAAGGUGUGAAUUUAAGGAGGAAUGUCUGGACGACUCGGACUGCGGUAUUCAGGGCACGUGCAUUGACAAUGGCGGCACGACCGCACCCACCAAGCACUGCUACUGCAAUAUCGGCUGGUUCGGACCGGGUUGCGCAAAGAAAUCCCCGAUUAAAACAAUUGACGUGGAACUAGAUACUUACACCACGAAAAAGUUUUCCGACAACUUCACCUUUUAUUGGCGAAUACUGAAAGAGAGUGCAGAACUCGAGGGCAUUAUGGUGGUAAAUGGCACAAGUUGGGUCGCUGUUGGUUGGCGGCCAAGUGACCUGACGCCAAUUUGUCGUCUCUUCCCUAAUAUUCAAGAACUUCCAAAGGAUGAACUACUUCCACAACCAGAACCAAAAGCGGAACCGGAACCAGAAUCUGAACUAAAAAUUAAACCGCAGUUGGAACCUGAACCUAAAUCCGAACCUGAACCCGAACCUGAGCCUGAAUCUGGGACUGAAAGGUCUGGUACCAAGAGAAGAUCGGCUAAAGCUCAUGAUCUUGCUUUAUUGACUUCUACUCCUCGAUCUAACGCCGAUGUUACAGUGCAAACUAGUGUGACCUAUCGUGUCAGUACAAAGCAAGGCCGCAAAAAGAGAUCACCUGAGUCAACAGGAAAUUCUGUAAAUGGGGAACCCGUCGCCGAGCCGAGCACUGUCGACAGCACCAACAUCACGUUCGAACCCGUAGUAGAACCAGAAUCUAAAUCCGAACCUAAACCAAAUUCAGAACCUGAACCAAAUUCAGAACCUAAACCCAGUUCAGAACCUAAGCCCAACUCAGAACAAAAACCCAAAUCCGAACCAGGACAUAGUUCAGAACUAGGGGUAAAAUCCCAUUCAACCAGAAUCGAAUUAAAAUCCAAAGCAGAAGCCAUUUUAGCUUCCAAUCCAAAUCCUAUUCUUAAGGCUGAGCCAAGAACCAUAGUAGAAUCACUUUCGACACCUGAACCAAAAUCUGAACCAGAGCCUAGCACUGAGCCAGAACCGAACUCCGAACCGGAGCCUAGUUCUGAACCAGAACCCAACUUUGAAACAGAACCCAGCCCUGAAUCUGAACCAAAAUCCGAACCAGAAUCGGAACCGAAAUCUGAACCAGAACCAAAGUCCGAACCGGAACCCAGUUCCGAACCAGAGCCAAAGUCUGAACCGGAAUCCAAGUCAGAGCCGGAGCCUAAAUCUGACCCGACCUCAAAGCCGGAGUCGAUUUCGGAAACCAAGUCCAGCGCAACAAAAGCUGUCUUACCUGGAGCACACAAGUACACACCGAAACACGAUUUCAACCCCAUGGACUGUACAGAUAUUAUAAUAGGAUCAGCAAGAGGCAAUACUCAUAGAAUUGGCGACUAUUACACCAGAGACAGGUCUACACCACGGAAAGAUGAAUAUUGGGGUGGAAGAGAUACUUUGACUGCUGCUAUGGGCUUUGAACGUGAUGGUGUUACAACGAUACUUUUCCGGAGAAAGUUAGCAGCAAAUGAACCAAUCGAUCAUGAAAUUAUUGAUGGCAAUAUGCAAGUGAUAUGGGCUAAAGGACAAGAACCUGGAAAAUAUGUUCAUCAUCCACCGAGUGGCAUUGAAAAAUCUAAGGUCAGUGUAAAGGAAUUCUACAAAGCUGACGAACUCAAGUAUCAUGGACACGGUGCACAAAGAGGCUCAUUGACGCUUAAUUUCUUUGAUGAGAAUAAGAAACAGGCGAUGACAAAUGACGGUGAUGUCGCGACAGCGGCUACAAAUUGCAGUGGUGAAUGGCAUUAUCCAAAACAUUGUUCACCUGGAAAUGGUUCCUGUGAAUAUUCUAUUCAGUGGACUUAUAAGGGACGAAAGGAUCAGUUAUCGUUUGUUAUUUCCACCACUAACACCAAUACUUGGACCGGUGUUGGAUUUUCUGAUGAUGAUAAAAUGACUCAAACAGAUGCAGUAUUAGGCUGGGUUGAUGAAAAAUCGGGUCGAGCCUUUCUUAUGGACACUUGGAUCAGCGGAUAUAAUGCUCCGUUGCUUGAUCCAUCUCAAGAUAUCUAUAACACGGGCGGCAGUAAAGUGGAUGGUGUAACGACACUCAAGUUUUCAAGGAAACGAAUAACAAAGGACAAUAGAGAUCUUUCUUUCACAGAUGAUCACUGUUUGUAUAUGAUGUACCCAGUUAAGGGUGGUCUUUUCAAUGCUGUCAGUAAGAAGAUACGUAAACAUAAUGCCGUACCUGUUGUUUCUGCUGAGAGGAUAUGCAUAAAGUCUUGUGGUCUCGAAGACUUUGAAGAUCUUACGACGCCAGCACCUCCAAGGCUGCAUUAUGAUGUAGAAGUGAAACUCAUAAAUUUGGGUGACGGGUUUAUGGCUCCUAUUCCGGGUAGUCCAGACUUUGAAGUUAUUUCGAACAGGAUAUCUGAUAGUUUUGGCCCAAUUCUUGAUAAACUACCAGGCUAUUACCAAAUCCGCCUCAAUGAGUUAGAGAAGGACGAUGACCAAAAUGGUGUUAUUGCCCGUAUGGACCUGAUCUUAGACAAAAAUGAAGUUAAAGGUAGAUCGUUAAAACCUGUAGAUACCAGCGCAGUUGCGGAGAAAGCAUUAAAAGCAGCUCUCAUUACUGGAAAAGUUGGUGCAUUGAGUGUAGAUCCACAGUACUUGUUCAUUAGAGCUCCUCGAGUAAAUGACUUAAGUGGAGGAGAUGCAGUUGAGGAAUCGUCAUUUACGACAGAUCUAUUCCUCGACGCUACGAAGCUGUAUAUCGUCGUCGGAUGUAUUGCUGCCUUGCUUGCUCUCGCCCUAUUACAAGCAAGCUGUACCCUCUACAGGUCAUCGAGGAGGCGAGCAACGAAGGAUCGCCUGAUCGCCAGUAACGCUUGGAAAGAUUACGCCUCGGGUGCGAAUACGAAUUUUGCUUUUGAAGCGUUCGAAACAGAGGAAAAAGCCCCACCACCACCAGUUUCCAGUUUACCUCGUCAGAGAGAAAUGACCGGGAAUGGAGUUGGCACGGAUACCGUGGAAGGCCCCAAUAGGAUAGUAGGACCACGGGCAACGUACAGUUUACCACGUGCACCUGGUUCGAGGCACACAGCGCCAAUUCAACCUGGUUAUUAUACGCAAGAUCGCAGGGAUCACUAUCAGCGAUCGAAGAAUAUGCAUAAUCCAACAGGCGGUAGUGUAUCCACUCAGCCGAAUCAGCCAGAUUUCUAUUUCAUGCCCAGCCAGCGUAAAUACAGUGGUGAAGUCGUGCGCGUAUACGUGGAUUACGGAAGUCAGGCACCGAAGUAAUCGGAGAAAGUAUUCUAGGACUCCAACGAACGAUAAGAAAAUGCGAUAGCGACAUUGCUGCCUUCUUCUUAGCUUUUCCUCGGUCACGAAUCCAAAGCGGACGAUUAAUAUACCUCGCUUCAGUGAAGCGACACUGUACAUAAAACAAGUUUAGUGAACCUGGAGAAGAUGAGACUUCGAAACAAGCCCUCCCUCCGGUGCUUCCUUUAUUAUAUUUUUCUUUCUUUCUUUUCUUUUUUUUUUUCCUUUAUUCGAUUGAUCGUUAUUCUAUUAUUUUUCUCCGUUGUCGUUUCUGCUCGAUCGCUCGUGAGCGUCGAACGGGGGCAACACGCACGGUUUCGUUUAACGGAAUUACGCAGAAAUGGCGCUUACGACCAAAGAGUUAUCGAUAAGGCGCGCUGAAUGCGCGGUUCUGUACAAAAGCGCGUGAAGAAACACAGCACAAUAUCACUAUACAACUCAAUGCGUGACCAGGUACGUGUGGAUAAUGUUCAGACCGUACCGUGCGACAUUACAGUAACAUUUUAUAUGUACUUACGAGCAAGGAUGGACGUUUGAGCAAUAAAACGUUUGUACAUUUUUUUUUUUUUAAUCGAAUGCACGCUUCUUUUCUCAAGGAUAAACUAUUUCAUUAAAGUAUCAUUAUUGAAAGAAACAAAGAAAAACAAAAUUUGUUUCUUCGUCACAUGUAACUAUUAAGUUCACAGUGCUUUUUCAUCAUCUGUUGUUUAGUUAUCUUAUAAAAUAGAGUUAUGAUUGGAGUCUCAACCUUUUUUUCUAAAGGAAGGAUUCCUCUAUUUAAAUGCAACCACAUGUGUUCUUAA